AGGUAAGAACACGCGCGGAUUGACUUGCACGAGAUUUGCGCAUAAUAAGUGAAAAAUUUUGUAGGAUUAUACAAAAUAAAUUAUUACUUUAGCAUAUUAUGUUAAAAUUCGUGCAAUAUGUGUCGCGAAAAUCGUGCGAAGCCGCCGCCCUGCCCACGUGCUGCAGCUGGGGCAAUUUAUUGAUUUCACCAGCAGCAAACAACAGCGUGCAAAAAUGUAUAACGCAACGUCGCCAUUUUCUUUUUUGCUCAACCAACAGAAGAACCAGCAGCAGUUCCGCUUUGCUCUGCAGUGAACAACCACAACAGUUCCAUCACAAAGGGAGCCGGUGUAGCCAGCAGGAGUCAUCAGUUCGACUAUUAUUUUACAGUUGCUCCUACACAGCACAAACACAGCGUGCAGUUCACUUGUCGUCAACUCGAUUUGAUUCAUCCAGAUCAGUCUACGACUCGGCAACAGCAGCACUCCCAGCGGCAGACAGGCAAACUACAACUACUGUGUCCAACAACAACAAACGCACGAGGAAAUCACUUUUUAUUGACCCCGACGAGCAAUCAGAGGAAAUCAAAAUUGAAGGAAUAAUGGCACCACACGACCGUGAUUUUGGAUCCGGACCACGAGGCGGCCGCGACCGCGAUGAUGAUCGACGUGGCGGCGGUGGCGGAGGACGUUUCGGUGGCGGCGGCGGCGGUGGUGGUGACUAUCACGGCGUGCGCAACGGUCGCAUCGAGAAGCGUCGCGAUGAUCGCGGCGGAGGCGGUCGCUUUGGCGGCGGUGGGGGUGGCGGCGGCGGCGGUGGCUUCGGCGGUGAUCGUCGCGGUGGCGGCAGCCAGGAUCUACCCAUGCGCCCUGUGGACUUCUCCAAUCUGACGCCGUUCAAGAAGAACUUCUACCAGGAGCAUCCAACAGUAGCGAAUCGUUCGCCCUACGAGGUGCAGCGAUAUCGUGACGAGCAAGAGAUCACCGUGCGCGGUCAGGCGGCCAAUCCCAUACAGGACUUCUCAGAGGCGUAUCUGCCCGACUAUGUUGUGAAGGAGAUUCGCAGACAGGGCUACAAGUCGCCGACACCGAUUCAGGCGCAAGGCUGGCCCAUUGCAAUGAGCGGCGCUAAUUUUGUGGGCAUUGCCAAGACCGGCUCGGGCAAGACGCUCGGCUACAUUCUGCCCGCCAUUGUGCACAUUAACAAUCAGCAGCCGCUGCAGCGCGGCGAGGGUCCCAUCGCAUUGGUGCUGGCGCCCACACGUGAGCUGGCCCAGCAGAUCCAGCAGGUGGCCACCGAGUUCGGUUCGUCGUCGUAUGUGCGCAACACGUGCGUCUUUGGCGGCGCCCCGAAGGGCGGCCAAAUGCGAGAUCUGCAGCGUGGCUGCGAGAUUGUCAUUGCCACACCCGGUCGUCUCAUUGAUUUCCUCUCGGCCGGCUCGACGAACCUGAAGCGUUGCACCUACCUGGUGCUGGACGAGGCCGAUCGCAUGUUGGACAUGGGCUUCGAGCCACAGAUACGCAAGAUCGUCUCACAGAUUCGUCCCGAUCGCCAGACACUCAUGUGGAGCGCCACCUGGCCCAAGGAGGUUAAACAGCUCGCCGAGGAUUUCCUCGGCAACUACAUUCAGAUCAACAUCGGUUCGCUGGAGCUGUCGGCCAAUCACAACAUCCGCCAAGUGGUUGAUGUCUGCGAUGAGUUCAGCAAGGAGGACAAGUUAAAGAGUCUAUUAUCUGAUAUCUAUGACACCAGCGAGAAUCCCGGCAAGAUCAUCAUCUUCGUGGAGACAAAGCGUCGCGUUGACAAUCUGGUUCGUUUCAUUCGCAGCUUUGGGGUGCGUUGCGGCGCCAUUCACGGCGACAAGUCGCAGUCGGAGCGUGACUUUGUUCUGCGCGAGUUCCGCUCGGGCAAGUCCAACAUUCUGGUUGCCACCGAUGUGGCAGCCCGCGGCUUGGACGUCGAUGGCAUCAAGUAUGUCAUUAACUUUGACUAUCCACAAAACAGCGAGGACUACAUACAUCGUAUUGGACGCACAGGACGCUCAAAUACCAAGGGCACAUCCUUUGCCUUCUUCACGAAAAACAAUGCCAAGCAGGCCAAAUCGCUAGUCGAUGUGCUCAAAGAGGCUAAUCAAGAAAUCAAUCCCGCCCUGGAGAAUCUGGCUCGCAAUUCGCGUUACGACGGCGGUGGCGGACGAUCCCGUUAUGGCGGUGGUGGUGGAGGCGGCGGUCGCUUCGGCGGCGGCGGCUUCAAGAAAAACACCCUGAGCAAUGGACGCGGCUUUGGCGGCGGUGACGGUGGCGGCGGUUUCGGUAAUCGGAAUGGCGGCGACGGCGGAAGACACACGCGCUUCGAUUAAAGCUAAACAGAACUAACCAACUAUACUAUCUACAUAUAGUAGCAUCAGUUGAUUUGAAUAGCAAAUGAGAAGCAGCUCUCCUUAGGCGUUAAGAUUAAUUUAAGUAAUAGAUACAAAUUAAGAUUUUCGUACAACUAUAUAUAUCAAACUUUCAUCUCCAAUUUGUGGAAGAGACAACGCGCAGAACCGCAGAACCCGCCAGAAAAUGGGGUCUAUUAUUAUAUAUGUAUGCGGAUUCUUAUAACUCAAAAACCACGAACAAACCAAUUCAACAUAGCAUUUUAUGUUUAGCAAACUUGUAAAUUAUUUGACGCUGCCCUCCUCCUCCAGAGAGCGGCAAUUUUUGAAACCCCCUCCCACAAUCACUAUACACAAGAAAACAACACUAUUUAUGAAAUUGCAAAACAAAAACCAAUUUUUUAAAAUAUGAUGUGAUAAUCUUUUAAUUUAAUACAAUAUAUCACUUAACUAACUAAAACAAUACGUGUCGUGUGCAAGGCAAGAGCAAGGAUCAUUCCCGUCGUGUACCCCUUUAUGAUGAUGAUGAUGAUGUUAAUGACAAGGAGCAAAGGCGUUGUCCGCCCGCCUUUGCUCGAAUAUAAUAUAUAUAUGUAUGCCUAUAUAUAUAUAUAUAUAAAUUCUUCAAUUUACUUAUUUUGGAAAUGAACUUUUGGAUACAUUUUAUGGCACAACCAACCAACAACAACACACCAUCAACAAGAACUAAAAAUAAAUGUUAAAUACUAAAAGAUACAAAUAUGCAUUGUGUAUUGUAAAAGGAGCGAAGAAAUUCCUCCAUUCAAUUACAUUUUUUUGGAAAAUAAUAAAUGUGUGUAAAACCUA